AUGUCUACAACACAAAGAAAAGACGGCAGCCACAUGCCCACCAGUUUGUGCGCGUGCCAGCUGAAGGCGCAGGAGGACCAGCACCAGCAAGAAAAAUACGUCAUUGCUCAACCAAUAUUUGUGUUCGAGAAAAGAGAACACAGUUUUAAGAGACCUGCGGAAGACAGCCUGGGUGAAGCAGCUGAGCAUGAAUUCAGUGGUUCCUCCAGAAAGCGUGUGCGCUCUUUAUCCGUCACACUUCAUACCACAGAUGCUCAGUCUCUAGGAGUACCAGCCUCAUCCCAGACACGCCUGAGGUCUUCAUCACUUACUGAUGUCCCAACCUUUCCUCCCUCCGGGCCAGUGAGGAAAAACAAUGUUUUUAUGACGUCACAUCUGCUUCAAAGGAAUGAUGGCAUGAACAGCAUGGAGCAAGGUCCCCCUGGGAGACAUUCGGAUCAUGUUUUAAGACCCGCCAUUCUGCAACCACCUCAAGCUCAAAGCUGCGAAAAAGCAGGCACAGCAUUUGGGCCCAGUGCGUUGAAAUCCUGCAAAAUUAAAGAAAAUACCACAUACAGGAUUUCUGAAGCGAACUCUAGUUUACUAAGUGAAAAUUUACCAAAUGCCGGAAGUUCAGUCCAGCUGUCUCCUGAUCUGCACAGCUCAGCAACAACCCAAGGAUGCCGACCCAAGGAAGACAAACGUUCUUUUAGAAGCUGCACUUCUGACUUUGUUUUCGGAGAAAACAUGCUAGAAAGAGUUUUGGGCACUCAAAAGCUCGCCCAGUCUCCACUUCAAAGUCUUUCAUAUGCCAAGGAAAAAACAUUCAGAUCUGUUCUGAAAUAUCCCAGUACUGCUUCAAAUUCAAGAACAGACUCUGUUAAGAACAUGUCUCUAGUUGAGUCAGCUGCCGCUUUUUCUUCCAAACCAUCACAAAAAUGCUUGCUCGAAAAAACUGAGGUCCUAACAGGAGAGGAAAUGGAACAUAAUGUGUUAAAGAUCAACUGCAAGAUCUUUAUACUCAACAAAGCAACGCACUCCUGGACUGAAAGAGGCAGAGGAAUUCUGAGACUGAAUGACACAGCAAACAGUGACUGUGGAACACUGCAGUCAAGACUAAUCAUGCGCAACCAAGGCAAUCUGAGGCUGGUCCUAAACAGCAGACUCUGGGCUCAAAUGAAGAUUCAAAGAGCGAACCACAAAAAUGUGAGAAUAACUGCUACUGAUUUAGAAGCCAAUGGUAUAAAAGUAUUUUUAAUUCAGGCUAGGGCCAAAGACAUAGGCUAUCUGUACGCAGCAGUACACCACCGUCUUGUUGCUCUUCGAAGCCUCAGCAAGCAGGGUGAUGGUGGUCAUCCACCUGAAAGCCAGUCGGAUGUGGUCCUCCCGCAGUUCAGCUGUGAGAGCUGUGAUGAAGAUGACGAUGACCUAAUACAAGUCACAAAGAAUGGAUCAGGUAAAUACUUCCUGCGCUGUUAGGCCAGAA